CGCAGAUGGAGACUGAGAGGGCAGUCAGCACCUCCAUGUACUCACAGCCUCUCCACAACUCCAUCGCAUGGACGAACACAGUGACAGACAUUUCAGAAUCGUCUCUGAUUAACUUCAGAGCUGCAGCAGGUCAGCACGAACAUGCUGAUUAUCUCACCCUGUCAUCUCUGCUGCACUGCGCUGCACUCCACUCCACUCCACUCCACUCCACUCACUUGUGAAGUAAAACUGGUGGAUGCUUACUGUGCAGGAUGGAGGCUGUGGCUCUCUUCUCUUUCACAGCAUCAGAGGCAGAUGAGAUCAGCUUCCAGAAAGGAGACAUCGUCAAGGUGGUAGAAAUGGAGAGAGACUCUUUCUGGUUCACAGCUGAGAUUGAGGGGAAACGUGGAUUCAUACCUGAGAACUACAUCUCUCUACACCCUCAUCUCUGGUUUGCAGGAGCGAUAUCAAGACUGGAGGCUGAACAACGACUGUGCUGGCAGGAUCCUGGAGUAUUUCUAGUGAGGGCGAGUGAAUCAGCUCCAGGAGAGUUCUCUCUCUCUGUUAGCUAUGGUGACAUGGUGGAGCACUUCAGGGUCCUGGAGGAUGGUGGUCAGUACUACAUCUGGGAUAAGGCAUUCUGCUCCCUCAACCGCCUAGUGGAGUUCUACAGAGCACACAGCAUCACCAUGGAGAAAGUGGUCCACCUCAGGGAUUACCCCUCCUUUCACCUGAACUCACAUCUUGGACUCAACCCCUACCCCAACCCGUAUAACAGCAACUCGCUGGAGUCCAUUCACUCAGCCCACCGCCGCCCUAACCCGUCUCCCAGAGACUGGCAGACCUCCGCACCUUCACUCAAACCAGUUUUAGCGCAGAAGCCUCGGGUGGCCCGUGCUCUCUGCGACUACACCCCCUCCCAGACCACUCACCUCCACUUCCAGCGCGAUGAAAUCAUUGACCUGCUGGAUUGUUCCAGCUCCCUCAGCUGGAGGGGAAGCUGCCGCGGCAGAGUGGGCAUCUUCCCUCCAGAGUUUGUCCAACCAGUGCUCCAUUAACUCCAUAUCAGCUAUUUGGUGUCUAUGAUGUUUAUGUCUGAUGCUUCUCAGUCAGGAUGGGUGGUGGUUCUUGCGUGAAUGAUAAAUUGGGCAGCCCCCCUUUCUGCCAUCCCCCAAAAAGUGAAAAUGCAUUUCUAGGACAAGAUCAAAUACAUUACAGUACCACACUAGGUAUGUACGAUAGUCUUCCUUUGCACAGCACGUAAAUACAAAUAGAAACUUUGUCCAAAGUGCUUGGACAGAUUUUUUUUUAUCUGGUGCUUGUGGUCUCUCUUCCUACGGCUGCCCUGGGCCACUGCCCUGUGGCCCAGAUCAAAAAGCGCCACUGGUCAGGAAAUACCCCACUGUCAACUGUUACCCCUACAUUAACUUGGCUCCAUUUUUUUGGAGCUGCAGGAUGAAGCUUUUAUAUAUACAAUAACAAUCUUUUCACAUAUUUAUUAAAUAUUUAAAACACUGCUUCCAUGGUAUGACACAGAUAAUCUGUGAAAAAAUUGAGCUCCUCUGCCUUCUCCCAGUUCUAACUACAAACAACCAAUCAGAGCCAGGAGGAGGAUUUUGGCACAGUCAAUCAUGCUUGUGUAUGCACUGCUCAUCCUGAUGGUAAAUAAAUGGUUUUUCUGGAAAAACAAGGUGCUUCUCUGCCUUUAUCAUAUUGAGCACUACGUACACGAGGGUGAUUGAUAGCAGCAAGAACCUCUUUCUGGUUCUGAUUAGUUGUUUUUGGUCAGAUAGAAGUAGAGCACAGGGAGGAGAUCAAUCUUUUCACAGAUCACCUAUCUCAUUUUGCUGGCACCACAUGGUGACAGUUUUAACAAAUAUGUAAAAACAUAUUUCUUAUUAAAAUUACGUGGUUCAGCUCUAAAGAGUAGUUGGUAGAACAGGGGUGUCAAAACGUUUUGUCACGUGGGUUAAAAUUGAACAUAAGGACCAAGUAAUGUUAUAUUGUUAAUAAAAAACUUAUAUUGUGAUGUGUUCUUUACCUACCUGAUAAUGUAAUAGUUUUAUUAAACAAAUGAAGUAGCCAGUUUUUUGUUGGAAAGAGAUGUGUACACCUAAGAAAGGUUUUGCAGAUUGAUCCUGUUAAAAGAAGUAUUUGUGGGGCGUGCCGUGGUGGCGGAGGGGUUUGCGCGACCCACAUUCAGAGGCAACGUGGCCUCGACGCGGCUGUCGCGGGUUCGACUCCCGGACCCGACAACGCAUGUCUUCCCCCCUCUACUUCCCCCUUUCCUGUUAGCCUACUUUGAAAAAGGGACACUAGAGCUCACAAAAAAGACUCCUUGCGGGUUAAUAAAAAACAAAUAUAUAUAUAAAAAAAGUAUUUGUUGGUAUGUUUUGAAUAACAAACAUUUGGUCAGUUCAGAGCAAGAAAAGCAGGAUUUAUUUCACUCUAUAUUUGGAACUGGGUAGAUGUGGUCCUUGCAAAAGAAUGCAAAAAGUGUGGUUAUUUAAAGAUGAAUACAUGCAAACAGAUGCAUAACCAGUAUGAUGAUAUGAUAUCCUCAACAUUUGACCACCCUUGUAAAAAUUUGUUAAAAGCUUAUAAAUAAUAAAUUAACCUUGAUUGCAGCAGCAUAACUGUAUACAUAGUUACAUGUAUAAAAAAUGAAUUAAAAUGUUUAGAAAUAAUUGCUUUUUUUUUUUUUUUUUUUACCAAUAUAACCAAUACCACACUUCAAAAGGUAAACCUCCUGUUAACACACUGUAUGUCCCCUUCAUGUCAAUAGCACAGGACUUAUUCCUGUCUGAAAACAUUAACCAAGUUGGAGUAUGUGGGAGGUCUUUUGCAAUUCCUAUUUUCCCAAAGUCUUCCGUAGGUGCAUUUUUGAAGCUUUUAAUAACAAGAACCACUUCAGUAAAUACAAAGUUCUCCAAGCAACACUCAAAAUUUUGGAACUGAACUAGAACAGAAUGUGGACUUCUCCCAUUUGUUGUACUUUUUAUUUGUUUUACCACACUAUUUCUUUUGCCUUGUAAUAUUAACGUUUUGAAGCAGCCCCCCAGACUCUCAACAAAUGUGUGGAGGGAGCUAAAGAUUAGAGUCAUGGCAUGGAGGACUUCUGAACUCAAAGAGUUGGAGAUCAUUCUCAAAGCUAAAGCAUCAAGAUACCAGUGGAAACAUAUGAAAAACUGGUCAGCAAUUACAAGAAGAGGUUGAUAGCUGCACUGCACCAACAAAGAUUUUCCCACUGAUUAUUGAGAAGGAUAUAAAUAUUAAUUGACUUGAAAUAGUCAUUUUAUUAUCAUUUGAGAGAUACCUAUCUCAUUUCCUGUCAGAAAGACAUUUCUUUGUUGAAUGAAAAUAUAAUGUUGGGUUUAACUUUAUUUAGAUCACAACUUUUAUUGCUAAGACUUAUUAGCCUGGUCACCAAGCACAACGAUUAAUAAGCCUUACAGAUUUCCCAAGCCACAAAUCAAAUCUGAUUAAAGUGAAUUUGAUGCUAUUUCUAGAUCCAGGUUACAACUUCAGAGGUAGAUACAAUGUAGAAUCACCUGUUCUUGGUCAUCUGCUUUGAUUAUGUUUAUCUACUGUACUUAUUCUGCUAUGCAUUUAACUUUUGAGAAGAGUAUGUUUGUUGUACAGAACUGUACGCUGUUGAAUGUUUGUGCUUAUUAGCUCUACAGCUAACUGGCUUCAUUUACCAUUUACAAGGUAAAUAACUUUCAACAAUGUUCUUGAAGCACAUAUAAAGGUAACCCAAAUACAACCAUUCAUACUUAUAACACAGUAUGAAAAACAAGGCUAUGUGUGUGCUGUGUAUGUGUUUAGGUUAAGCUACUGAGGGGUCAUGGGAAAACACUGAUUUGGUGUCUGAUGAACCAUUUCUAUGCUUAUUUGCCCAAUGAUGACCCAUUUUUAGAUUUCUGGUAGACGCCAUCAAAGAUUUAAAAUUUCUUUUGUAUUUCAAAGAGAUGAUGCCGUCCACUCCAACAUAUGUUUUCAUGCUUUUCCAUAUUUCCAUUUGUUCAUGCCAGACCUGAAUCCAUGUUCUUAAAUCUUAGAAACUGUAUCAGGCGUGGUUGUUUGAUCUACCUUAGUAAUCUGUCAAUAUAUUUGGAAAUUUUUCUGUUCUUCAUUAAGCAAUUUGAAGAUCUCACAUUGAUUUCUGGGCAUUAUGAUUAACUUGUCAGUUAAUCACAAGACUGAGAUUUACCUCAUCACUUCUUAAUUUAAUAAAAGUGUCGCAGCUUUAGAGUGAAUCAACGUGACCUGUUAAAAUAAAGAGUUUUAGAAAGACA